GCUGCAGGAAAAAUCGUUCUUUACGUUCUCGGCGCUCGUAGUUCGCGUCGUGUUAAGCGAAUUAUAAACUUUUAUAUCCAUUGUGAUAUAAAGGAUCCGUUAGGUUUUUAUUAAAAACAAUGGUCCAAAAGAAGCCGAAAAAGAAGGUGGGAAAGAAGGUGGCAGCUGCCCCACUGGCAGUGAAGAAAGUUGAACCCAAGAAACAGACUAAUCCUCUCUUCGAGAAACGCACCCGUAAUUUUGGAAUCGGACAGGAUAUUCAGCCUGCUCGUGAUCUUAGUCGGUUCGUGAAAUGGCCCAAAUAUAUUCGUAUCCAGCGUCAGAGGGCUGUGCUUCAAAAGAGGUUGAAGGUACCACCACCGAUCAACCAGUUCACGCAGACAUUGGACAAACAAACCGCGACACAGUUAUUCAAAAUGAUGGAGAAAUACAGGCCUGAAUCUGCAGCGAUGAAAAAAAUGAGACUGAAAGCUAGAGCGGAACAAAAAGUUGCCAAGAAGGACGAUACGCCAACAAAGAAACCUAAUGUAUUGCGUAGUGGAACAAACACCGUUACUACGCUUGUUGAACAGAAAAAAGCUCAACUUGUUGUGAUUGCACAUGAUGUGGAUCCGAUUGAGAUUGUUCUCUUCCUACCAGCCCUUUGCCGUAAGAUGGGUGUACCCUACUGCAUUUUGAAGGGUAAAGCUCGUUUGGGACGUCUUGUCAGACGCAAAACGUGUGCUACCGUGGCGAUUACACAGGUGGAUUCUGGUGAUAGGGCUAACUUCGCCAAAUUGGUCGAAGCUGUGAAGGUAAACUUCAAUGAUAGAUACGAUGAAAUCAGGCGUCAUUGGGGUGGUGGUCUUUUGGGCAGCAAAUCUGCUGCUAGGAUAGCUAAGUUAGAGAAGGCUAAGGCGAAAGAACUCGCGCAAAAACAGGGUUAACAUCAUCCUGUUUAUCGGGUUUUGUUUACAAUGUACAACAAUAAAGAAUAAAAAAACAGUU